CUUCUCCCAGCCAGCCGUCCUGCACCCAUGGGGACGCUCAUGGCCAAGCUGCUCCUGCCCACCCUCAGCAGCCUGGCCCUCCUGCCCACCAUCAGCGUGGCUGCCAGGCGCCGCUUCCACAUGGAGGCCAUGGUCUACCUCUUCACCAUGUUCUUCCUGGCCCUCCACCACGCAUGCUCUGGGCCUGGCUUGUCCAUGCUCUGCUUCCUGCACCAGGACAUCCUGGAGUACUUCACCAUCUACGGCACAGCGCUGAGCAUGUGGGUGUCCCUCAUGGCGCUGGCUGACUUCGACGAGCCCCAGAGGUCCACCCUGGUGAUGCUGGGCGUGCUGACCAUCGCGGUGCGGACCUACCACGACCGCCAGGGCUACGGCGUGUACUCGGGCCCCAUCGGUACUGCCACCCUCAUCAUCGCAGCCAAGUGGCUGCGGAAGAUGAAAGAGAAGAGAGGCCUGUACCCCGACAGGAGUGUCUAUGCCCAGCAGGUUGGUCCUGGCCUCUGCUUCGGGGCGCUGGCCCUCAUGCUGCGCUUCUUUUUCCAGGAGUGGGAUUACACCUACGUCCACAGCUUCUACCACUGCGCCCUGGCCAUGGCCUUCGUCCUGCUGCUGCCCAAGAUCAACAAGAAGGCAGGCGACGCGGGGGCCCCAGCCAAGCUGGACCUCUCCACCCUGUGCUGCGCCUGUGUCUGAGGGCGCCCAGCCUGCUCUUCCCCACCCGCUCCGUCCCCUGUGCCCUCCCGCCCAGCAUGUCUGGGAACAGCGGUCUCUUUCACACCCCCAGAGGACCCCAGGGACCGGCCCGGUAUCCCCCGGGUCCACUGCAGGCACGGCUUUCCUACUUCCUCCUCUGCGACCAAGACCCGGGGUGCAUCUGCCCUCCGGCCCGGGCCCGGCCCAGGGCCCCACCCCAGGGGAUCUUCAGCAUCCCGAGGGCGUGUGCCCAGCAGGCUCAGCUGUUCUCUCCUGAAGUCUGUCGUCACCGCUUCUGUCCCCUUCCCUAAGCUCUGGUGGUUCCCAAGAGGGCCGGCUCUCUCCCUGCCCCAGGCUGGCACCCCGUGCCCCCAGCUGGCUUCAGCAACCAUCGGGAGCAGCUCCCCACCACCUUCUGCCUGUCAGCACUGUUCAAGUCCCAUCCUUAAACAAGCCACCCUCCUGCUGACCACGAC